AUGUCCAGACCUCAAAACGUUGGUAUCAAGGCUAUUGAAGUCUAUAUUCCAAAGAACUAUGUUAAUCAAGCAGAAUUAGAAAAAUUUGAUGAAAUUCCAAGUGGUAAAUAUACUAUUGGUUUAGGACAAACCAACAUGUCUUUCGUUGAUGAUAGAGAAGAUAUUUACUCAUUGGCAUUGACUGUUACUUCUCGUUUACUUGAAAAUUAUAACGUUGACACCAAUAAUAUUGGUCGUUUAGAAGUUGGUACUGAGACUUUAUUGGAUAAAUCUAAAUCCGUUAAAUCAGUUUUGAUGCAAUUAUUCGGUGAAAACACUGAUAUUGAAGGGGUUGAUACCAUGAAUGCUUGUUAUGGUGGUACCAGUGCUGUUAUUAACGCUAUUAAUUGGGUUGAAUCAUCUUCUUGGGAUGGUAGAGAUGCAAUGGUUGUUUCUGGUGAUAUCGCCAUUUAUUCAAAAGGUAAUGCUAGACCAACCGGUGGUGUUGGUUCUGUCGCCUUGUUGAUUGGUCCAGAUGCUCCAAUUGUCUUUGAUCCAACUAGAGGUUCUUUUAUGGAACAUACUUAUGAUUUCUAUAAACCAGAUUUCACCUCUGAAUAUCCAGUUGUUGAUGGUCAUUUCUCAUUAACUUGUUAUACCAGAGCUAUUGAUCACUGCUAUCAAGCUUAUUCUAAAAAAAUCACCAAAGAAAAGGGUAAAACUGUUGGGGUUUAUGAUCAUUUCGAUUAUAAUGCAUUCCAUGUUCCAACUUGUAAAUUAGUUACUAAAUCUUAUGCAAGAUUAUUAUUCAACGAUUUUAAAUCAAAUCCUUCAAGCUUCAAAGAUUUAUUACCAGAAGAUCAAAUUAAAUCAUUAUCUGAAUUAUCUUACGAAGAUUCUUUGCUUGAUAAAACUGUUGAAAAAACUUUCUUAGGUUUAGCUAAAAAGGCUACUCAAGAAAGAGUUUCUCCUGCUUUACAAAUUGCUACCAACACUGGUAAUAUGUACACUGCUUCUUGUUGGUCUGGUUUAGCUUCUUUAUUAUACUAUAUUGGUAAUGAUAAUUUACAAAAUAAAAGAAUUGGUGUCUUCUCUUACGGUUCUGGUUUAGCUUCUACCUUAUUAUCAGUUCAAGUUAAAGGUGACAUCUCUAAAAUCACUGCCAACUUAAACAUUGAUGAUAAAUUAAAUGGUUCAAGAGUUCAAAAAACUCCUCAAGAAUAUGUUGCAGCCAUUGAAUUAAGAGAACAAAUUCACUUACAAAAAAGUUAUGAACCAAAAGGUAGCUUAGAAAACAUCGCUAAAGGUGUCUACUACUUGGCUGAUAUUAAUGAUAAAUUCCAAAGAAAAUAUAUCAGAAAAGAUUAA